AUGCCAGUCUCUGGGGUUGGACUUGUGUUGUUGAUUUCUCCCCCCCACCCACUGCCGCGGAGGAGAGACCACACUCGGACUCCCUGGGCCCUUCCCCCAGGAUGGAGGGAGAGUGAACCCCACAAAUCUGGGGACGUGCCAGCCGUGGCCAGGGACACCGUGAGGUUUAACCUGCGCUCCUCCAAGGACCCGGAUCAUGAAGGAUGCUACCUCUCCCCAGGCCACAGUCAGCCCUUGGACGACUGUGGCUUCAACAUGACAGCCAGAACCUUCUUCAUCAUUCACGGCUGGACGAUGAGUGGCUUGCUGGAGGGCUGGCUGCACAAGCUUGUGGCGGCCCUGCAGACUCGGGAGAAGGAUGCCAACGUGGUGGUGGUUGACUGGCUCCCCCUGGCUCACCAACUCUACACGGAUGCAGUCAACAACACCAGGGUGGUGGGACAGAGCGUGGCAAGGAUGCUGGACUGGCUGCAG